CACCAUCGCCUUUUUGUCAGCUCAAGUCACAGUAAUGCUUGUUUGAACCCACGCUUCACAUGGCUGGUAAAAGAACUCGAGCCGCUUUUGAGGCCGAUCUACAGGCGCAACAAUCACCCUACGCUCUUUACGGGACCCCUCUUCCUCCUCUGGAUGCUAGUGUCCGUGAUGAUGGCUCCUACGCACCUAUCUGGAAGCAAGAAGUGACAGAUGACCGGGGAAGAAAGCGCCUACAUGGCGCCUUCACCGGUGGAUUCAGUGCCGGGUGAGCUCACGAUUUAUGGAUCGCUGUGGACAGCACACUAAAGGUCAUCCCUCUGCAGGUACUUCAACACUGUCGGGUCGAAGGAGGGAUGGACCCCUGCAACGUUUGUCUCAUCACGCCAGAACCGUGCCAAAGAUAACCCGAAACAACGGAUUGAGGAUUUCAUGGAUGAGGAAGACAUCCGUGAAGCCGAGGAAGCAAAGACUGUCCAUACAAGCAAUGAGUUCGCGGGAUUCGGUACAACCGAUGCGGAACUCGCGCGCCGCGGGGGGUUGAUGGACCUCCUAAAGACCACCGGGGAAACCAUGGGGGUCAAACUUCUGAAGAAGAUGGGAUGGAGGGAGGGUCAAGGCGUCGGUCCCAAAGUGCGACGACGAGCCAAUCUAGGCGAAGGCACUGCCCCGGCUGGUGCAGAUGCUAACAAGACGUAUUUGUUCGCCCCGGAAAAUCCGCCAAUGGUGGCCUUCAUCCACAAGACCGAUCACAAAGGACUUGGGUUUCAAGGGGAAGCCCGCCUUGACGCUCGCGCGUUGACACGCGGUGGAUCUGACGCGGAAGACGAUGACUCCUUUUUCGGUAAACGACUCACAGCACCAGUAAAGUCCAAGCAGUCUAAAGCCAAAGAACCCCGUCGCGGAGGCUUUGGCGUGGGAGUACUUAAUGAUACCGGGUCAGAUGACGAAGAUCCAUAUUCCAUCGGGCCUCAAAUCUCUUACAACCGCGUUAUUGGAGGCGACAAGAAGAAAAAGAAACGGGCAAAGUCCAUCGAAGACACAAAACCGCUCCCAGUAUCGUCGAACCCUCUGGUUACCAACAAACCCAUUUACAUUCCCAAGAAGGUCCUCGCCGCCAAAAGCUCGAGUGGUUUCAAGAAAUGCCACGAUGGCCGUCUACCGCUUGAAGGGUUCCUGCUUAUCGACGGCAUCUCCAGCAUGACUAUAUCUGCCCAAGAAAAGAAGUAUGCGGCCCCUGAAAUACCUACUGGCUGGAAAUCUCAGAAAGCACCGACUCAAAAACAAGACGUACCGAACUAUGUGUCUACAUCAGAGGCAGCCAAAGCCUCAUCACUGGACCCAACUGCCCGAGCUGCACUGCUGGGCGAGGCGCAGCUGCCAGGAAAGUCUAUAUUUGACUGGUUGACCCCAGAAGGUCGGGAGAGGAUUGCCAAAUUGACAGGGAAGACGGACUUACCGCCGGCUUUAAGUGAAAAGGCGCCCAAGGGUUACGAGCUUUCCGAAGCGCAGAAGCGGAAGGACUUGUGGGACCUGGUGCCGAAACUAGAUAAGCAGGUAGCUGUCCAGGCUUUAACACGAGCGGCAAGUGGCUGGAUGCCAUAUUCGGAAGACCUGGAGAAGCGAAAACGCUAUCGAACAUUUCUCGAGGUCCGAGCUGGGCUUCGAGACAGUCUGCCUGAUCGGGCUCCUGGGUCUACUACGGAUGAAUGGGCCCUGGAACUGGACGAAUUCGCCCGCGCUGCGGAGGUCUUCAAGCCUAUGUCUGGAUUGAUGGCAUCACGUUUCACCUCAGCCUCAUCGGGCCCGAAAGAGUCGUCUGAUAAGCUAGAGCCAUCAUCGGCCGAUCCGCUUCUCAACAAGCCUACGGCGAAACCUGAAGACCCUGCAGUUGAGGCUGCCCGGAUCGGGAUGUUCGGGCCGAUGACUCGAAGCACCAUCUCGUUCUAUCCCACGCGCCUGCUAUGUAAGCGGUUUAAUGUCAAGCCCCCGGAUCACGUUCAGAUCGAUCCCGGAGAACCCACUGGACGCACGGAUGCCCCGUCAUCUGCCGGGCGCUUCCAGUCAGCUGGAUACCAGAAUGCUUCGGGACCCAAGGAAUUGGUAUCGCGGGAUGUCAUGAAUCAGCUUUUGAUCGACGCCGGUCGAGGUGGCACUCUCCUGCCUGGGGCAGGAAAUGCUUCUUCGGGACAGGAAGCGCCCGUGCUUCUUCGGGAGCCCGUAGUUAUCGAACCGGAGCGCAACGAAGCUCUGGAGGCGGAGCGGCCAGGAGAGGCGGUGUUCAAGGCUAUCUUCGGAAGUGAUGAUGAGGAUGAGGACGAGGAUGAGGAAUUGAGCUGAAUCUAUGUGUUGUAUACCACUAUUGUUUAUAGAAAGUUAAUUUGACCUCUGCCGU